AUGAGGCCCCUGGAGCCGCUUCUCCUGCUCCUGCUCGGCCAUGAGCGCGGGGAGCGCGCUCCCGACACUCAGGUGAAUGGAGCGGAGGCGCGCUCCCGCACCCGGCUGGCCACGGCGCGUCGCGGCUGCAGGAAGCACCAGUCCCCGGGUAAAAUGAGCUGUGGCACGUCGCUCGGAGCGCACGCUUUCGUGACAACAUACCUACUCUUCGUGAUGGGUUGCGUUGCACAGAAAGUUUACUUCGACUGUGGAGCCAAGGUGGACGUGGUGGACGUCCAAGGUCUCAUUCUGUCUCCUGGUUUUCCUUACAAUUACUCCUCUGGGACACACUGUGUUUGGCAGUUUGUCGUGCCUGUCGAUCACCAACUUGUCCUGGAGAUAUUUGACUUUGACGUGUUUGAAAGCUACGAUUCGACAGCUAAGUAUUCUUCUAUCUCUAAGUUUGAAGAAGCAGAGGAAGAGGUUGAAAAGAUGGAUCCUGACAGCUACGCACAUGAAGCAAACGAAACCUCCUCUAUGUCGAAAGAACCAGUGCUUCAAAGUGGAGUUUCAAAGGCUCAACAAUCGAACUUAGAUAGUGAAGUCAAGCAAGUUGUCCUGCAGGAGCAGUCCACAAAAAUGGAAAUGGCCAAAGUCUCAAAUUCUGCUAAAAGAUCGGCGGAUUCCUCCUCUAGCCCGUCUAUGCCGCCUCCACCCUUGCUCCUCGUACCUGAGGCCGUGCCCCCGGAAGACAAGGCCAUCAACUCCGCCUCUUCGUAUCAUCUAAACCUCAAUCCCAACUCUAACCCGAGUACAGACGUGGAAGAGACCACCCUCGCCUCGCCUCACUUGACCGAAACUCCAGCCGCGAGCCCAGAAACCCAACAGUCCGUGCUGGACGCCUGCCCCCACGACGUCCUCUACAUCUCAGACCUCAUCACCUUCUCCUCCAGGUUCUGCGGGGCCAACCGUCCUCCCAGCAGCCAGCUAGUUUUUGGCUCCAGGCAGGAAAUGGUGGAGGUCAUCAUGGAGCUCAUCACCACCACCCACUGGGGACGGGGUUUCGCUCUUCUCUUCCACUACCAAAACCUGACCAAGACGGAGUUGGACCGACGCACCUUCGCUCUCUCGGGCAGCAGGCUAGACUCUCUGCUGGCUGCUGUGAGUGGAGCUGCCUUUUUUGCGAUGAUACUUACAAGUGCCCUUUGCAUCAUUUUCAGACCCAAACUGUGUCCAAAAAGAGCCAGUUCCUGCACGUCAAGCAACUCUGAGGUGCCAGAGGGAGUCCAGAACACUGGUGCCGAGGUCAGUGAGCUGCAUCUGAUGGCUGAAAAUCAGGUCAACCGGGAGACGACCAUAGAGCCGGACAACAACAACGACAGCCCGCCACACACAGUCGGCGGUGGAGGAGAAGUUCCCCAGAGCGCAGAGGUGGAUCUUUCCUGCAGCGGUUUGACUGAGCUCGACAUCGGCGCGGACGAUGUUUUCAUCGUGUCGUCAGGCACGAGCCCGAGCGGCCUGCCCUUUUCCCCGCUCACACAGCGGGAGCGGUUCCUGCGUCACAGCGACACGGGUCCUGGUCCAGCGUGUGAAUGGUCGUCCUCGGACCCCGACACGUCGCCGGCCGGAGCCAGAUCUUUCAGGGACGCCGGCUGUUCCCGGCCGAGGGCGUGGAGCGUCCGCACCUUCCAGGACUUCCUGCCUCCGCUGCCGCAGCUGCACAAGAAGUGGUGCAGCUGGAACUCAACCAGCCCCUUCACCAAGCUGGUGGACAGCACUCCAUCCAGUUUGAUUGCCGGCAGCAGAGGCGGCGACGGCAGGAAGGGUUUUUCCGACGUUCACCUGGAGGCCAAGGCCGACGCCGGCGCCACCUCCGACUCGUCCUCCAUCAGCAACGCGUCGUUCCCGCUCACGCAGCCGGCGCAGCGGCAGCGCCGCCUCAACUCCACCAGCAACCUGCUGCGCUCGCGCUUCACAGGCCCGUGUUUCGGCCUGCUCUCAGAGACGAAAGACCCUCCGGAGGGAUCCGGGGCCCAGCCGGGCUCCCCGUCGCCGGAGCCGAGCUCCAUCUCCGUCUCCAGCUCCGUCUCCAUCCCCUCCCCGUCCUCCUCCGGCCAGGGUAAGGUGGAGACCGCCCCGGCCGGGAAGAGAAGAGAGUUCCCCAGCGAGGGCGAUCACGUCAGCGUGCCGGUGUUCGUCAUCUCGGAGGAGGAGGACCGGCAGCCUCUGGUCUCGGCCGAGCACCUGGAUCACACAUCCGUCUCCGUGACGCAGAACGGACUGGUCCGGAGCUCGUACGAGUACGAGGUGAAGAGGAUUUCUGUGGGCAGCGCCGGCCUGAGCCCCACCAGGGCCCGGCCCGAGUGGAGGCCGUGGGGGAGCCAGGCAUCGGGCGGGGCCGCUCCACAUCACGCCUUCUCCCAGAACAACGGCGUCGGCGACAGCAAACCCUUCGUCAGUUUGUCCACGGGGCUGCUCGCCGUCACCAACCAGAUGUGAUGCCACAUCUGUAUUUCUGAACUCUUAAUAGUGUGACUGUGAAAAAUAUACCCACUUUUUUUUUAUCUCCAAAAUCAACUUUUAUAAAAAUUACCUAUUUGGCUCCGUGGACUUCGCGGCCAUCCGUUUUUUGUUUUGAAAUGAGAAAAUAAAAA